AUGGGGACUCUGGGAGAGAGCAAGAAAGAUGAGAUCCGUCAGGGAGGCAAGAAGGCAAAACGCCCUCCUCCACAUCCGCAUAGGAACACAUUUACACACCCACACACCUCUCACACACACUCUCUCUCCUUCUCUCUGUCUCUCAUACUCACGCUCUCUCUCUCUUCCCAUUAUCCACUCCACAAUCCACACCCAAGGUCCCAAAUUCCCAAGUCAAGUCUUCCCUCUCUCCAACACCCUUCGACGACGCUACCUCACAACCACACUCACACUGCAACUACGGAGUACGGAUACCUUACCUUCACGCAACCCUGUCCGCCUCCUGCAACCCUGGACACACACACUCACACGCAUACGCACACACACACACCUCUUCUCUUGCUCUCCUUCGUUGCCGCUCCUCUUCUCCUCAUCCUCACCUCCUCACAGCACUGUCCACCUCUGUCUAGCCUACCCUGCCAUCCUAGGCGGUCCUGGGUCCUGGCCCCCCUCCCCCCAUCGACUCCUGGUCGCAUCCAUCAUCGAACAUCGGUUUCCUCUGGGCCCCAGCAGCUCAGUGAUAUGACCCUGCCUGUGUGUACCCAGCCCAGAUCUUGUUCCUUACCCCGGUCGCCUCCCCGUCUAGGUCUACCCACGUCAACCCUUCACGCCUCACGCCGGGACCUGUCGUCCAUUCAUAAUAAGGCUUGA